AUGCACACAACCUUUCAAAGAGGGCUGCUGAUCGCAGCAUGUCUACUACUAUCAUUCUGGACAGUCAACGCCGUCGUCAUAGAAGGACUCAUACCGCCAAAGUCGGAUCUCGCUGUGUCCGCCUUCGAUCAACCCUUCGCCCUAACCUCCUAUCUGCAGCAAGUAUUCGGCUCUUCGAUACGAUCUCUCUACGGCGCCAGGCAGACGAGUCAAGCCAACGUCAAGACCUUUGGGCUGAGGGAAGCCUAUCAUCGAGGGAUAGGAGACAAAUCGCACGAGCGGGCGAAGGCCAGCUUCGAUUUCAAAAUCACCGCCGACCAUGUGCAAGCCAAUCAGGCCAAUCUCGAUUUCAUCCCUGCCAUCCGCACCGUUCGACAGCGUAUCACAAGAGCGAAAGAUCCGAAAAGGUACCUCGAGGUGCGCGGCCAAUCUUACAAGGAUGCAAUGUGUGCGGCGUCGACGGAAUUGGAUUGGGAGGACGUGGAAGUGGAAGCACCUGACGUAACGGACCGCACCACGGUGCUUGCUUUCGCCAAGAUGGCAUCCGCAGCGUACAAGAACGACACGACCGACUGGGAGGGCGAUGGAGGCUUCGAUCCAGGCAACUCGUUCGGAUGGGAUGGCGAUGGCAUUCGCGGUCACAUCUUCACCACGCACGACAACGACACGAUCAUCGUGGCGCUCAAGGGAACGUCCAACGUCUUCUUGGGGGGAGGAGAUACGGCACGUCGGGACAAGACCAACGACAAUCUGCUGUUCUCGUGCUGCUGUGCGCGAGUGUCGUGGUCGUGGUCGACCGUGUGCGACUGCUAUCAAGGCCACGGCGACCGAUGCGGUCAAACCUGUGUGGAACGAGCGUUGAUCGAAAAGUCGCUCUAUUACCCGGCCAUCACGGAUCUGUUCAACAACAUCUCGUAUGCCUAUCCGGACUCGCAAGUCUGGAUUACGGGUCACAGUCUUGGAGGCGCACUCUCAUCGUUGCUGGGCAUGACGUUUGGUGUUCCGACGAUCACAUUUCAAGCGCCCGGUGAGCGAAUGGCGGCGAUGCGGUUGCAUCUGCCCUUGCCGCCAGCGAGACAUCCGGACGAAAGCCCAGUGGCAGCACUUCCGAUCGUGCACGUCUACAACAACGCCGAUCCGAUCGCCACGGGCACAUGCAACGGUGCUGGCUCGAUCUGCUCCAACUUUGGCUACGCCAUGGAGUCCAAGUGCCACGCGGGCAAGAGCAUCGUGUACGACACGGUGGGCAAGCUAGGCUGGUCCAUGUCGGUCAACUCUCACCGCAUCAACACGCUGGUCGACGACAUCUUGACCGAGGACUGGAGCGAAAAGGUGCGCAAGAAGAAGGCCAAGUUGCGCAGCGUAGGUGAUCAGGAGGCGGCGGGCCGAGUGGGGAUUCGCGGGUGGAGAUGGCCGUGGCAUAGGGGGGAUAGCGCAGAUGACGAUGGAGAUUCGGAUGAUGACACGGACGAGGACGACAAGCUAGCUGUACCGAAGGCGAGGUCGGAGGAGAAGUGUCAGGAUUGCACGAGCUGGCACUUCACGGAUGAGACGUCGGAUGGCGAACCAGCGACGGUCUGA